AUUGCUGCAGCCAGAAGAAAUCGUUCUAUGUGUGUGUGAGAGAGAGAGAGAAUGUGAGGGGGAGAGAGAAUUUUGGGUUAAGACCAAGACCAACCCCCUUUCAGCUGUAGCAUGUUUCGACCAUAAGCUCUUACUUCACUCCCUCUGCUGCCUUGUCAGUCUGACUGAGAGUCACUUGGUGCUUGUGUUUGGAUUCUCCUCAAUGAAAAGCAGAUGAAGUGAUAAAGAGCAAUACUACAUCAAUUUCAAGCGUCUGGACCCUCUAACCAGGACAAACAGAGCUCAAGAGCACCGUCUUCUGGCAGAAAAGAAAACAUCUAGUGGAUUACGCUGUAUCAACUUCAUGUAAUCCCUCCCUUUAUUGAAGGAGCACAGACAUUUUUUUUGUGUAUCUGUUUUUGUACUAGGACAAAUUCUUCACAUCUCUGCCAAAAGCAUGUCGACAAAAAUGACUUUAUAGCCGCUGACUGCAGGCAGAAUAGAAGAAAAGCAACAUAAAGCAUGGAGGCUUCAAGUUCUGCUCAUGCAGGGACUCCCCCUGCUACACCCAUAUUCUCCACCUCCCCUACUCCGUCCUCUCCCCACUACCUGCAGUUCUUCUGGGAGUACCAGGACAACUCUGUCCUGAAGGCUCAUUACAACUACACUGGCAAGUUGCAGACCGACCGCUACCGCGAAGGACUGAAACCUGAGGGCAUCGCAUUCCUGGUGGUGUGUCUCCUCAUCGUGCUGGAGAAUGCCGUGGUUCUCAUCGCUAUUUGGAGGAACAAGAAGUUCCACCUGCCCAUGUAUUACCUGCUGGGCAACCUGACUCUAUCUGAUCUGCUGGCUGGGAUUACAUAUAUGGCCAACAUCCUCAUGUCCGGAGCUAAUACUUUGAAACUGACGCCGUUGCUAUGGUUCAUCAGGGAGGGAGGGGUCUUCAUCACUCUGGCCGCCUCUAUAAUUAGCCUGCUGGCCAUUGCAAUUGAACGGCAUGUUACUAUGGUGACUAUGAGGCCAUACCACGGGGCAAAGCGGGGACGGAUGUUGGCACUGAUUGGUGCAAGUUGGGCCCUAGCAGGGUUUUUGGGGGUCCUCCCAAUUUUGGGGUGGAACUGCAUCCACAGACUGGACCAGUGUUCAACAGUCCUCCCGCUUUAUGACAAAAGCUACAUCCUCUUCUGCGUAUCUGUGUUCAGCGCAGUGCUCCUGGCCAUUGUGGUCCUUUACGUCAGAGUUUUUCGCAUAGUCCGCACCAACACGCAGCGCCAGCGGCUGGGCCUGUCCGGCAGCAUGAGGAAGGGCUUAGCGAGGAAGUCGGAGAAGUACAUCGCCCUCCUCAAGACGGUCACCAUCGUGCUAGGCGUCUUCAUCGCCUGUUGGUUGCCCCUCUUCGUCCUCCUCCUCCUGGAUUUUUUCUGCCCCACCCGCAGUUGUCGCCUGCUCUACAAGGCUGAUUACUUCCUGGGAGUAGCAAUGGUCAACUCGCUCCUCAACCCCAUCAUCUACACUCUGACCAGUAAGGACAUGAGGAUGGCCAUUCUGAGGCUGCUCUGUCGGCCGUGUCUGAUGACCAGAGAUGGCCAGGUGAAGAAGAUUGGGAUGCCAUUCCUGGAGUGCAGCUUCAGUAAAACUGAGGUGGCAUCCCAGAAGUUAGAGGGGGGACUGGAGACGACCGUUUCCUCUGGGAACGUUAUCACCACCCCAUCUCCUAUUAAGGCCCUUUACCCUAAACUCUUUAAGCCAUAAGGACUUAUUAAACUGACUGAUUGAGUCCGUAAGUGUGUGAAUGGAUUUCCCACUGAACAGAGGACAUGUAGCACAUCUUCUAUAGAGAGGAAGCACUUCUGGUAUUCUUCAAUUUGGAGCUUUGCCAGAAACAGGGGGUGUAUGAGAUAUUACGGAGGCACAAGAAAACCUUGUUUAGACAAAUGUCUCACCUUCAAUGUGAGAUGAUUACAGAAGAAAAUACCAUAAGGAUGCCACUCAAAUGUGAACAAGCAAACAUACUUUUUAUGAGUAGAUGCUAGGGAUGAGUCUCCUUAAAGGUCCCAUAUUGUAAAAAAGUUAGAUUUUCAUGGCUUUUAUAUUUAAGCAGGUUUAAGUGCUAUAUAGAUACCAUGGAAGUAUCUAAACGCUCAGUGGAGAAAUACACACAGUCCGUGAUCAGAAACUGUGCUUUUGAAACAAGAUGUCUGGAUUUCUGUCUAUUUGUGAUGUCACAAAUAUACAAUAUAUAGACAUAUUUCACAGUCUUAAACGUAAACAUGCUAAAUCUGUCCCAGUUUAUUCCCUGUUGCAGUGUAUGUGAAUGACAUCAGCUGACAGGAAGUACACAUGGAUCAAAACUGUUGCCUCGCAACGCAAUUUCUUUGAAAUGCACAAAACAGAGCGUUUUAGACAGAGGGUAAAAACAGGCAUAUUCAGACAGACAGUAUGAGGAAAAUAUAGUUGUUUUUUUAACAUUACAGCAUGUAAACAUGUUCUAGUAGAAACAUAGUAGAAGUAUAAACAUGAAAAUUAGCACAAUAUGGGACCUUUAACUAAUUUGCACUGACAUAUCACAAUGAAUGGAGUCAAUUUUCCUGUGGUUCUGUAGUUUGUGUUGAAGCCUGGAAGAAGACUUCUGUAAAGCCAAAGACUCUCGUGACUGAAAGAAAUGUAAUGUUUUCUGGGUUAAUGGUGAACAAGUGUGGUUGUUUUUUCCCUUUUUUGUAGUGUCUUAUUGAAGUGCCUUAAAUAUAGCACAAACAUGUAAUCUGUGCAUCUCUACACACCUGGAUUUCGCUGGUUCGAAGGCCCACGGUGUGCUAGAUUUGUUGAGAUAAAAUUGUGUGGAGCACCCCUACACAUAUCUGUGUACGUGAUGCAGGGAGAGUUACCGGGAGACCGAAAGAUAAAAUGAAAGAGAAAGGUUAGAGAGAGAGAGAGAGGUCUUAACCGUUCUUACAGCUCAGUAAAGAAUGCUGUGGCAGGGUUGUGGGAGGAAGGCUCAGCAUUAAAAUCCCCCUCUGUUUUGAAAUGACAGAUGGUUAACCUAUCAGAUGCCAAGUGGAAAGUUGUUGGGGUUUGGUGUCCGAUUUUUUGAAAUGUCAGUCUGGCAUCUGCAGGAAAACUGCAACAGCGACAUAAACAACAAAAUGUCAACAUAUAAUGUGAUUAACUGACGGAUGUAACAAACACUUUUCCAUCAUGACAUGCUGAUUGUGUAACUGAAACCAAAUCAGCUGCAACUGCAUCACUUGUAAGUAUAAGCCUAAUAAAUUAUUACUCCAAAGAUUUCAACUCGCAAAUAAAGUUGUAGAUGUAAUUAAUCAUCAUCAUCCAGCUGCAGGACUUUUAAGGACAAGAAUAUGCCUUCACUUGUAAGCUAAAUCAUACGGAACCAGUGCAAUUAUUCCAGUACUUCCCUUCACAAUCCAUCACGUUAACAGAAAAUCUCCGGUUAUAGUUUAAGGUACUGAUUUAUUCUUAUUAUGCAAUGAGUUUGACAUCAAUCUUUUUAUACAGAUGUAUUUUUGUGCAGUCUUUCCGGACCUUUAUUGAUGAAUGAGGCUGUGUGCUUUUUUUGUAUUGUAUUUCAUGUAGUGAACUUUUUGUAUUUCUGAAGACUUUUCAUAUCGUCUGUAUUGUAAAUUAUAUCUAUUUUGUAACAAGAAAAGACUAGCAAAGUUUCUUUUCAUAAAAGAAAUAAAAUGUUUUCUUAAAGAA